CUUUUCUCGUCGCCAUUCCAUCCCUUUGAAGGCGAUUCCAACGCUUUCAAAGCGCAUCGGGGCCAUUCCCACCUGCUUCCGGCGCAUUCCGCCCCCCACAGCGUUGAAAAAACCGGUAUCGAUUGACCAAUCAAAAGGCAGAGUGCCGUUGGACAAACAUAUCUAAAUCGAGCUGACCACACGACGGACCUGCCGCCCCAUCGAGUUGGCACAAGCAAAAGCUCCUCGACAUCGACACAUGGCCGACGCCACUGCGAUGACUUCACACUACACCCUUGCCAUUGAAGAGGUGGAAGCACCUGGCAAGGCAGCCGUGGACGACAACAUCUUGACCAAACGGCCACACUCGUCCAAGAAACGUGUCGUGUGCCUCGACGUGUUCCGCGGCAUCACGAUUUUUGCCAUGAUCUUUGUCAAUCUUGGCGGUGGCGGACUCGAGCCGUUUAUGCACGUCGAGUGGAACGGGUUGCGGCCAGCCGAUUGCGUCUUUCCGUUCUUUGCAUGGAUCAUGGGCGUGACCAUGAACAUCGGGAUGGGGUCCCACGCACGCAAGGGAACACCGUCGAGAACCAUCUUGGUCGAUAGUUUCAUCCGCGCCGUCAAGCUAUUUCUUCUUGGACUUGUCGUGAACAACGUGCGAAACUUCAAAACCGGGCGAAUUACGGGUGUCCUGCAAUCGUUCGGGUUUGCCUAUUUCUUUGUGACCGUGUGCAUUGUGGUGGGCACCGUUGUCAAAUCGAACACGUGGCCAUGGCUGUGCCGCACUGUCGAAGCUUCCAUCGUGGCGACGUCAGUCCUCGCCAACGUUUUGAUCACGUUCUACUUGCCUGUGCCUGGCUGCCCCACAGGAUACAUAGGCAAUGAAAUUGAAGGGUGCGAAGGGGGAGCUCACUUGUACAUCGACAUGGCCAUCUUUGGCGAAGAGCACAUGUACAUUCCAGGGGCAAACGACCCCGAGGGGUUUUUGAACUGGAUCAUGGUCGCCUUCAUAACGUACAUCGGCUACGUUAUGGGGGGAUACUUUCUCCAAGUUCACGAAACGCGUCACAAGGGGAUGGUGCUUGUUGGCACUAGUCUGGGUCUGGCGCUCUUUGGCCUGGCCUUGACCAACUUCACGGUCGACAAUGGUCUCAUUCCUAUCAACAAGCAGAUGUGGAGCCUCUCGUAUGUCUUUACAGUGUCGGGACUUGCGAGCUUGGUCCUGGCCUUGUUAUAUGGUGUCGUCGACAGAUACGCACUUUGGAGCGGAAUCCCGUUCAAAUACAACGGGAUGAACGCGAUUGCAUUGUACGUGGGGCACGAAGUGAUGGGCAACCAUGCACCGUUUGGAUGGGACAUUGACGACGACUCGAAGACGGAACGAUUCCUGAGCAAUAUUGGCGGAGCCAUCAUCUGGACUAUGAUUGCCAUGUGGAUGGCCAAAAAGUCGAUUUUCAUCACUGUGUAAUGGCCGCGACUCCACGUGGCCACUAUUUACGCGACCCGCCGCCGAUCUAUCCUACCGCUACACUACAAGAACGACGUCAAGGAACAGAAUCGAUUCAUGUAGUAACUAUUCAUGCUUCUCUGCUGGACGCCGCCGAAGUUACCCAUCGUCGUUUCAAUGCCAAAUGUACCGAAAUCACAGGAAAUUAGAAAAAUAUUGAAAAUUAUCCGUUGGUUUGAGCACG